AUGAAAUCACUCAAAGUCAUUACAGUUGGAGAAGUAAGUAUAGGAAAAACAUGUUUAAUUCGAGCUCUCAUUGGUGAACCCUUUAAUGAAAACGAAGGUACAACAAUUACUUGCGAUUUUUCAUUAAAAAGAGUUGAUUACGAAGGUGAUACGAUAGAAUUUAAAUAUUGGGAUACAGCGGGACAAGAAAAGUUUGCUAAAUUAAAUCAACACUAUAUUCGUGAUGCAGAUGUUGUUUUGCUAGUUUGCUCUCCAAAAAAUUUCGAAACAAUCGAAAAAUACGUUAACUUUAUUAAUGAAUCGAUAGAUGACCAAAAUUAUGAGCUCUUUAUUGUCUUUUCUAAAUGCGAUAUUUACAAAAUGACCGAAUCAGAAAAAGAUGCUAUUUUCGAAAAAUGCAAAGCGUUUAACCCUCGUGGAAUAUAUGAAACAUCUGCAAAAGCAAUGUAUAAUAUCGAAAAUCUCGAAUCAGACAUCGCAUCCUGUACAAUGCACAGAUCUCAGACCCAACAUACAGUUUCAUCUGAUAAGAAGAAGUGUUGCUGA